AUGUCUGCUAUUCAAUCUACACUUAGCACACUUAUUACAUCAAAUGAACUGAUAUAUGAAAUGACUAAACCUCAAAGUCCCGAUGAAUACCUUAGUGAGAUGCUCGUCCCUAAAGUCACUAUUAGAUUAAUAGCUCAAGAUCGGCAAAUCGGAUUAGAUAAAGCAAAAAAA